AUGAAUCAAUUUUUAUACAGUUUUUACACUGUAUUUUCAAAGAAACAAGUGGCUGAUAUGUACCUUACUGAUGACAUAUUGCAAAUUAUUGCAAAAUUUUUUAUCUCGCGCACUAAGAUCCGCUUUGCGCAUUUGAGAACUAUUUUUUGGAAUUUCCUAAUUGGAAAUUUGCAACAUUUCCAACACAUGAGGCGAAACUCUAAUAGCUCCCAUAGGUGGAUAACUCUUUGUGGGGCUCGAAUUAUACGGGUCUUUCUUUUUUUCUUUAUGGAGGAGAAUCCUCGAAAAUGGAAAUUCAUUGUUCUAAUGCAGAUUAUGCAGUUUCAUGUGAUGAACAAAAAGAAUCUAUGUCAAAACGAGGCGGCUGCAGGCACAAGUUUCUACCAUUCCCAAUAG